AUGGCACAGCUUAUGCUUCCAGCGAGAGAGCAAGCGGAAGAGAGCCUUCGAGGGGGGAGGAAGGGGAUCGUAGAUAGCUGGGCCAUCAUCGACGGGGUAAUGGGUCGAGAUUGCGAGCCGAGGGUCGCGCUCUGCGACAGACAUGACUUAUUACCAGCACCAGGAUACAACCCUAUUUCGGUCCUAAUGACCACGCUCGUACAGACGCCUUAA